CACCUGACCGCGAUCGUAGAACAACAGGAACUGACUGCUACGCGGCUAUUCUUUUUUCAAGUCGUAGUGGAACCGGAAGAGGAAUUGUGUAAUUGGCAGUGGAUGCAGAAGUGGUCCAAGAUUGUCUUUAAACUAUAAAUAAUUUACACAUUGUUUUUAAUCUUAGUUGUACUUCGAUUAUGUCCCCGUGUUUAGUACGACUAUUGAGGUGUUUUGCUUUGUUAAUUCCGUGCAUGUCAGUCUGUGGCGAUUUGGAAUUUGCACACGCUGAUGGAGCUCCGCCUUCAAAGAUAGCGGUGAUUGGUGCUGGAAUUGGAGGCACAGCAACUGCCCAUUUCCUUCGGCAGCACUUUGGGCAGGACGUGGAGAUCCAUGUUUAUGAGAAGGGCAAGGUAGGUGGCCGCCUGGCUACCGUCACUGUGAACAAUCAGGAGUAUGAGUCUGGAGGCUCAGUGAUCCACUCCUUGAACCUCCACAUGCAGGACUUUGUCAAGCUGCUAGGGCUGAAGUACAGGAAGAAUUUUCCUAGGAAGACAGCGGUGUUUAACGGGGAGCACUUCCUACUGGAGGAGACAGACUGGUACCUGCUGGACCUCUUCCGGCUCUGGUGGCGCUACGGGAUCAGCUUCAUCCGCCUGCAGAUGUGGGUCGAGGAGAUCAUGGAGAAAUUCAUGAGGAUCUACAAGUACCAGGCACAUGGCUAUGCAUUCAGCACUGUGGACGAGCUGCUACACUCCCUGGGGGGAUCCUUGUUCAUCAACAUGACGCGGAACUCAGUGUCCGAGUCCCUGCUGGAGCUUGGCGUGUCCCAGCGAUUCAUUGACGAGGUCAUCGCAGCAGUAACGAGGGUCAACUACGGCCAGUCUGUCAGCAUUCCUGCUUUUGUAGGGGCAGUGUCCUUAGCAGGUGCUCAGGCUAAUCUUUGGGCUGUCGAAGGCGGAAAUAAAUUAGUCUGCUCUGGUUUGCUGAAGGAAGCAAAAGCCAACUUGAUCCAUGCCCAGGUGACCUCAGUUUCACUUGUGUCAGCAGACACAGCCCAGUACCAAGUGAGUUACACAACAGAAAAGGAGAAAGGUUCUGCCAUGUAUGACAUAGUCAUUAUAGCAACACCUCUCCAGGAGGGGAUGGCCAACAUCACUUUUGAAAACUUUGAGCCUCCGAUCCCGGAGCUCCCUGGAGCGUACCACCACACUGUGGUUUCGAUCGUGCACGGCUAUCUGAACUGCUCGUACUUCGGCUACCCAGACCCCAAGCUCUUCCCGUUCACCAGCAUCCUCACUACCGAAGCACCUGCCCUGUUCUUCGACAGCGUGGGGAAUGUCAGCCCUGUCAACAUCUCCAAGGGCUUCAAGAAGAAGCAGCCCCAGGAAGCUGCCAUUUGGAAGGUAUUUUCCCCGCAGCCUCUGGAAAGAAAGGACCUGAAGACCCUCUUCAAGUCUUACUACUCCGUCCAGGUGACAGACUGGCAGGCCUACCCUCAGUAUGGCUCAACUAAGCGCCUGCCACCCAUUGUUCUCCAUGACAACAUGUACUACCUCAACAGCAUCGAGUGGGCGGCAAGCGCCAUGGAGAUGAGCUCUGUGGCUGCCAAGAAUAUUGCCUUGCUGGCUUACCACCGGUGGAAUAGGGAACUGGAAAUGAUCGACCAGAAGGAGUUCAUUCACAAGAUUAAAACAGAGCUUUAACAGCUGGCUGGGUGCUAAUAUCGGAAUCAUUUCACGUCGGAAUUAAUAAUGAAAUAAAGUGGCUGUUAAUCGAAAAACCUUUUCAGAUUGCUUCAGAAGUUGCUUCUGUUGUGUGUGUGAAAUGAUUUGUUGUCUGACACAGUCUGCAUUUCGUUGAAAUAUCUUGAAAUAUACACACAAUUGAAGCACAUGUACUGUUUUGGUCGGGGUUCCUGACUACAUGAAUCGUAAAAAGACUUUUUAUUUAUUUAUUUAUUUUUAAAUAGAUUGUUAGUUCAUGUCAAGCAGAUGUAUGUUUUGGCUCAAGCCUUCAUCAGUGGAUAGCAGACAUCAGUUCCUUCAGUACAGAUGUAGUAUAUUUUACUGGAUUCUCGAUGUGAUAGUACCAUCUGUUUUUUUUUUCUUUCUCAAUAUUAGCCGUGAUCCCACUUAUCAAACCACUAUUGCUCCGUGUCUGGACUGAUCUGAUUUUUGUAAUGUGUUUUUUUGUAAAAACUAAGUCGCUCUGGAUAAGGGCGUCUGUUAUAAGAAAAUACAUACAUACAUUAACAACACAGAUGGUUUUAGAACUGGAAACAUGCGCCAUGGUAUAUUACAGUAUAUAUUACAGCUAUAAGAGGCUGUGUACUGCUGUAAGGUAAUAUAUUUGAUAUAUUUGAAAUCAAUGAUACAGCACUGAUAUUGUUAAACAGGUUUAAGAGAACAGCGAAACACGUUUAUGAAAAUUAAAACAAAUGUUAAUUGGAGUGCUGCAGCUGCUCUGCACUAAGGAUAGCUGUGUGUUUUUGUUUGCUGUUGCUUACUACAGUAUGUAUGUUUUAAAGGGAACUUUAAUUCCAAACGGUACCUUUGCAGGCUGCUUUUAAAACGAAAGACUAAAUCUAAAAUAUGUAGCCUCCUUGGCCACUGAAAACUGAAUUCAGUCAUGCUUGGCUCCUAACAAGUUUGUAUUUAUUUAAUUAACUUUAUUUUCACAUAAGAAAUGGUUCACUCUGGUUUAGCUAGUGUAUUGUAUGGGUCCAGGUAUUAACAAAUAUCAUUUUAUUAAAUGAAAAAAUUGAAAUAAUGGUUCUUAAGUCUUUUAUUGUUUGAUAUUUAAA